AUCCCCAAUAUAUCCACCUUUAUUUAAGCUUCUCACAUGUCCAUGGCCGCUCUCUGUUUGCAUAAACCAUUGAAUUGAAGCCAAAGCCAAAGCCAAAGGAAGCCAUGGGAAGGCCUCCAUGCUGUGACAAAGUUGGGAUAAAGAAGGGGCCAUGGACUCCUGAAGAAGACAUAAUUCUUGUCUCUUACAUCCAAGAACAUGGCCCUGGAAAUUGGAGGUCUGUUCCUACAAAUACAGGAUUGCUGAGAUGCAGCAAAAGUUGUCGGCUUCGAUGGACCAAUUAUCUUAGGCCCGGAAUYAAGAGAGGAAAUUUCACUCCCCACGAAGAAGGCAUGAUUAUUCAUCUUCAAGCUUUAUUGGGUAACAAAUGGGCCGCCAUAGCUUCUUACCUUCCACAAAGAACAGACAAUGAUAUAAAGAAUUAUUGGAAUACCCAUUUGAAGAAGAAGCUCAAAAAAUUGCAGUCCGCCGCCGUGGACCCGCCGGAGCCGUCGGAGUCCGGCGGCGGCAGCUGUCACUUAGAAACCAAGUGCUUUGAUGACAAAAGGGGUGCGGCGGCGGUGGCUGUUGGCGGCUCGCCGGAGCCGCCGUCCCUGGCCGGGAACAGAGGCGCCACCUACGCCUCAAGCGCCGAGAACAUUUCGCGGCUUCUUCAAGGUUGGAUGCGGACUUCCGCGGUGGAAUCUCGCCGGAAAAUUGGCCCCGGCGGUGAGAAUUCUGCCGCCGGCGCUGCGACCCAGCAGCCGAAAACGGAGCCGGACGGCGGCGAGUUGAUUUCCGGUGAAGAAUUUGAUUCGAUCUUGUCGUUUGAGAACUUGAAGAACGUGAAUUCGUGGGGAAAAUCGCCGGAAAAUGUUGGAGAGAAGCAGAGAUCUGAGAGCGCUGCGGCGGCGACGGCGGUGGCGCCGCCGCUGUCGUUUCUUGAGAAGUGGCUGUUUGAAGAAGGCGCCGCCGGACAGGUGGAGGAGAUGAUGGAGCUGUCGCCGGUGUUCUAACAAAUAGGAAAAAUAAAAAAAAUAAAAAAAUAAUUGUAAUUUUUAUUCUGUUUGUUUCCCGUUGUAAUAAUCCAAAUUAGAACAAUUAUUUGAGAAGAACGAUACUUUUUCAGCU